GUCACUGAAUGAGAAGAAGAUGAUUCUAUUGACUGCCAUGAAAGAAACAGUGUCUAGUGACUACAGGAAACUUAAAGAUAUUGCUACAGUGCUGUCUGAUUUUGAAGAAUUAAGAGAUAUAGCCAAUGAAAUGAUGACCAAAUAUGAAGAGACAAUUCCUCAAGAGGAUUUUAGUACAGUAGUACAACCACAGGAGGUGGUAGGUGGUAAUGAAGAUUGUGCUAGUGAUAUAUUGAGGAAUAAUUACGGUGCUCUUUCUCAGUCAAUAACUGAACAGGUUCAAAUGGCUAAGUGGCUUCGUGAAGAGGUUAUAUCUGAUGAGGCUCUGUCUUGUGUCCUGUCUACAAGAGGUUCUGUGUCUGACAGUAGAGCAGUUCUCCUCAAAGCUGUACGAGAUGCUGUUCACUCCAAUUACAAACACCUGGAGUUGUUUGUUACUGUAUUGAGAAAGUUCCCUGAGACUGCUCAUAUUGGUGAUGCUAUCUUUGAAGAAUGCAAGCAUCUUUUUAACACUGGUGAUAAUGUUGAAGAUGUUGAAGAAAUGGAGACUUACUUAGUUGAAAAAAGGAAAUCUCUAGAUAAUGCAUGUGCAUUGACUUCAAGUGACUCAGAAUCUAUUUUAGGUCAUAAAAUACCAUUUCCUCGUAAUAUGGGACAAAAAUUUAAAGAUAUGCGAAUGAAAUUUGGAUCAACUUUCUAUAAUGUACGACUUCUUUUUUCAAAGAAAUGGGCUAAGAAAUCACAGAAAGAUGUCGAUGAAGUGAAAGCACUGCUCACUGACUGUUUCCCUGAUCUCAAGGCUGAACUUUCUGUUGCAAAAAAAAUUGAUAGUGUUCUCGAUGUGGUAAAGAGAAAAUGUAGCAUUGUUGAUGUCCGUCCUCUUGAAGUACUAGCUCAACAGUUUAAAGUAAAAGAGGCUGAAGACAUCAUCAGAGAACAUAAAGAAGUGGCUAAAGAAUUUUGCAAGUCAGUAUCUGUGAGUCUUUCCAGUGACGAAACACUACAAGUGAUUCCAACACGAUAUUUGCUAUGUGAAACAAUAACCUUUGUCCUAAAUUGGAAUCCUGAUGAAACUACACUGCAAGACAUCAAUGAUGUGCUUUUGGAGUUAGAGCUUCUGCACAAAUAUCAUAUAGAUCUCAAAGUAUUAAAUGCUCGUAAAGGUCAAUCAGUUGUAGUAACCUGCUACUGCCCUGCUGAAUACACUGGCUCACUGAUAAUGGCUGUCCUUGAUAAGAUAGAGAUACUGCAAGUGAAAGGAUUAAAGGAAUUUAAAGUAGGCAACCGUAGUAUAUGGAAUAACAAUACUGCUCAUGAGGUAUUGUCAGCAUUAGCAAUUAAAUCUACAGCUGACACUUCUAAAGAGAUUGACAAGCCUAUCAUAAAGACUGUUGAAGGGCAGGAGAGGGAACUUAUGCAGUUGUACAUGAGGCAACUGUUAUCAGAACCAUUUAAGCUACGAACAAAAAAAGAAAAAGAACAGACACAUAUAUUUGCAGCAGAUAAAUUUGAUGAGAAAUUACAGAGACGAUGUACAGUGGUAACUACUUCCACUUAUAUGGAGGAAUAUCUAUAUUGAACCUAGAAAUGCAUUAAUGAACAUUAUUGUUUAAUAAUUCAGAUACACUUGUUAAUGAAUUAUAAGUUUGUAUUUUGUAAUACCGUA